AUGUCAGUAGUAGGACUCAAAAACGUGGUAGUCUCCUUGGCUUCCAAAGUCACCAACAACAACAAUAUUGCAAACUCAUCUCCCCCUCUAUUAUCCCAAUCAUCAUCUAAUUAUGGCACAAACACUCUGUCAACAGAUUUGGAAUCAGGCUCAUCCAUGAAAAAUGGUUUGGAUCGUUCCAAUCUCCAGGACCAAGAUAUUAACAACCACCACCAUCUCGACGAAGAUUCCACCACAGAUUUAGAUUAUUUCCAUCAACAACACACUCAUACCCAUUUCUGGAAUAAAAUAUUCGGAGAGAUCGACCCACGUGUCAUUAGUGAUUUAAUCAUUGGGUUGAGUGAUGGUCUGACUGUUCCGUUUGCAUUGACUGCCGGUCUUUCAUCGUUGGGGGACUCCAAAUUGGUCAUCACCGGUGGAUUUGCUGAAUUAAUCUCAGGUGCCAUCUCAAUGGGUCUUGGUGGUUAUUUAGGUGCCAAGAGUGAAUCCGAUUAUUAUUAUUCGGAAAUUAAAAAGCAGAAAAAAAUAUUUAUAAACGAUUCCAUGCUAGUAAACCAUGAAGUAGAAGAUAUAUUGAUGGAGAUCAAUCCUGAUUUCUCAAAUGAAACCAUUCUUUCAUUUAUUAAAGAUUUACAAAAACAACCUGAAUUGAUGGUUGAUUUCAUCAUUAGAUAUGGUAAGGGUCUAGAUGAACCGGCUGAAAAUAGACAAUUGAUAAGUGCCAUCACUAUUGGUGGAGGGUAUUUCUUCGGUGGGGUCAUCCCAUUAUUACCUUAUUUCUUUGUAACUGAGGUCGGAAAGGGCUUGUUCUAUUCCAUCAUAGUAAUGGCCAUAACUUUGUUCUGGUUCGGUAUAUUCAAAUCUCAAAUGUCUAUGGGUGCUGAUUGUCCAAUUAAAAAACAGACUUUAGAAGGUAUACAGAUGGUAGCUGUGGGAGGUGUGGCUGCUGGUGCAGCUUGGUAUUUUGUUAAAUUAUUAGGUUGA